GGGGAAUUACCACCUCCAGGUUUGGCGGUAGCAGAGAGAGUGGCGUGGUGUAGCAGCAGAGAAUGGCAACACUAGAAACAUAGUGGAAUGAACUGUAGAAGGGGGGAAACUCAACUUCAACCUCCCCUCACCCACAGAAAUGAAAGGAUCCUGGUAUUCAUCAAAGAGGAUUGGAGAAUCCACCUAGGGGAACCGAAAGGAUCCUUUUUUAUCUGUCGGGAGAGAAAGCAGGUCAAGCACAGCUGGGUUCAGCAUGAGGAUAUGUCAAGGCUUUGUAUGGGGUUCUGAAGGCAGCUUCAGGGUCUGCUGACUAGCCUGUUGGAGUCACUGUUUCAUAUAAGCCGAUAUGAGUAAGUUAAUGAGAUCGUAAUACCUAGAAAAAGAAUGGGGAAACAAAGUCUGAGAGAAGACCUGGGUGCAUACUCGGUCCUUCACUAAUAACAGCUCUGGGAUCGAGGCAUGUGGCUUAGGGAACGUGUGAGCCACACCUUUGCAAUCCUGUUUUGCUUUUUUCUUUGUUGCAGUGACCUGCAGUGUGAGUGCCAGCAGGCACAAAGACACCCAGACAGCAGACUGUGGCACUGCGUAACCAGCCCUCCCAGCUCCAGUUCCUGAAGCAGAAAAAAAACUCGACCCUAAAAUCCUUUUCUCCAGAACGCUUAGCUCCCAGCACUCGCUGUGGGCGGGGCUCUCCUUUGACCUCCAGCAAGCACCGGUGCUACUGCGCAAGUGCAUGCUGCACAUCCGGGGCUCUGUUACUAGGGAAGAAAAGAUGGCAAUGGCCUCGGGCGCUGUGGUGGUUCCCGCCGAGUGGAUCAAGAACUGGGAGAAAUCCGGGAGAGGCGAGUUUUUGCGUUUAUGCCGGAUUCUCAGUGAAAGUAAAAGCCGCGACACUUUGGCUUGUAGAGAUUUCCAACAAGCUCUCUAUGAGUUGUCAUACCAUGUCAUUAGAGGAACUUUAAAGCCUGAACAGGCAUCAAAUGUUCUUAGUGACAUCAGUGAAUUUCGAGAAGAUAUUCCACUUAUUCUUGCCGAUAUAUUCUGCAUACUAGAUAUUGAGACGAACUGUUUAGAAGAAAAAAGCAAGAGAGAUCAUUUUACACAAUUGGUAUUAGCAUGUUUGUAUUUAGUUUCAGACACAGUUCUAAAGGAACGCUUGGAUCCGGAAACAUUGGAGUCAUUAGGCCUUAUAAAACAAUCACAGCAGUUCAAUCAAAAGUCAGUCAAAAUCAAGACGAAACUCUUUUAUAAACAGCAGAAGUUCAAUUUGUUAAGAGAAGAAAAUGAAGGUUAUGCCAAGCUGAUUGUUGAAUUGGGGCAAGAUUUAUCUGGAAAUAUUACUAGUGAUUUAAUCUUAGAAAUUCUCAAAUCUUUAAUAGGAUGCUUCAAUCUGGAUCCCAAUCGAGUUUUGGAUAUCAUCUUAGAAGUGUUUGAGUGCAGGCCAGAACACCAUGAUUUCUUUAUAUCUUUAUUAGAAGCUUACAUGGGUAUGUGUGAACCACAAACACUGUGUCAUAUUCUUGGUUUCAAAUUCAAGUUUUACCAGGAACCAAAUGGUGAGACUCCAUCAUCCUUGUACACAGUUGCAGCAGUACUUCUACAGUUUAACCUUAUUGAUUUGGAUGGUCUUUAUGUACACCUUCUUCCAGCUGAUACUUGUAUUGUGAAUGAAUACAAACGAGAAAUUGUGGAAGCUAAACACAUUGUUAGGAAACUUACAAUGGUUGUAUUGCCUUCUGACAAAAGUGAUGAACGAGAGAAAGAAAAGAAAAAAGAUGACAAAGUAGAGAAGGUACCUGACAAUCAAAAACUUGGUUUGUUGGAAGCCUUGUUAGUUAUUGGUGAUUGGCAGCAUGCACAGAGUAUUAUGGAUCGGAUGCCUCCGUACUAUGCAGCAUCACAUAAAGUAAUAGCCCUUGCUAUAUGCAAUCUUAUACAUAUAACUAUUGAGCCUCUUUACCGAAGAGUUGGUGUUCCGAAAGGUGCUAAAGGCUCACCUGUCAAUGCUCUACAAAACAAGAAGUCGCCGAAGCCAGUGGAGAGCUUUGAAGACUUAAGGAGAGAUGUAUUCAGUAUGUUCUGUUAUCUUGGUCCUUACCUUUCUCAUGAUCCCAUCUUAUUUGCAAAGGUUGUGCGCAUAGGCAAGUCAUUUAUGAAGGAAUUUCAGUCUGAUGGGAAACAAGAAAAUAAAGAGAAGAUGGAAGUUAUCUUUAGUUGUUUGCUUAGCAUUACUGACCAGGUACUCCUUCCGUCUCUUUCUUUGAUGGAUUGCAAUGCAUGUAUGUCAGAGGAACUAUGGGGAAUGUUUAAAACAUUUCCUUAUCAGCAUAGAUACCGCUUAUAUGGCCAGUGGAAGAAUGAGACUUACCACAGCCACCCACUUUUAGUAAAAGUUAAAGCCCAUACAGUAGACAGAGCCAAGUACAUUAUGAAGCGUCUAACCAAGGAAAAUGUGAAGCCUUCAGGAAGGCAGAUUGGAAAACUGAGCCACAGCAAUCCAACCAUUUUGUUUGAUUACGUCUUAUCACAAAUACAGAAGUACGAUAACUUAAUAACACCUGUGGUAGACUCAUUGAAAUAUCUCACUGCGUUGAAUUAUGAUGUUUUGGCCUAUUGUAUCAUUGAAGCUUUAGCUAAUCCAGAAAAAGAAAGAAUGAAACAUGAUGACACAACCAUCUCAAGCUGGCUUCAGAGUCUGGCUAGUUUCUGUGGUGCAGUUUUUCGUAAAUACCCAAUUGACCUUGCUGGUCUUCUUCAGUAUGUAGCCAAUCAAUUAAAGGCGGGCAAAAGUUUUGACCUGCUUAUAUUGAAAGAAGUGGUACAAAAAAUGGCAGGAAUAGAAGUUACAGAGGAAAUGACAACGGAGCAGCUAGAGGCUAUGACUGGUGGGGAGCAACUGAAAGCUGAGGGUGGGUAUUUUGGCCAGAUAAGAAACACUAAAAAAUCCUCUCAGAGAUUGAAGGAUGCACUACUGGACCAUGAUCUUGCCCUUCCUCUUUGUCUGCUUAUGGCUCAGCAGAGGAAUGGGGUGAUCUUUCAGGAAGGUGGAGAGAAACAUUUGAAACUUGUAGGAAAGUUGUAUGACCAGUGUCAUGAUACUUUGGUACAGUUUGGUGGGUUUUUAGCAUCAAAUUUAAGCACAGAUGAUUACAUAAAGAGAGUGCCUUCGAUUGAUGUGCUGUGUAAUGAAUUUCAUACGCCCCAUGAUGCAGCCUUUUUUCUGUCUCGGCCAAUGUAUGCACACCAUAUUUCAUCAAAGUACGAUGAACUUAAGAAAUCAGAAAAGGGUAGUAAGCAGCAGCAUAAAGUUCAUAAGUACAUUACAGCAUGUGAGAUGGUGAUGGCUCCUGUCCAUGAAGCAGUGAUCUCCUUGCACAUUUCCAAAGUCUGGGAAGAUAUCAGUCCUCAGUUCUAUACCACAUUCUGGUCUCUGACAAUGUAUGACCUUGCAGUUCCACAUACCAGCUAUGAACGAGAGGUCAAUAAACUUAAGAUCCAGAUGAAAGCAAUUGAUGACAAUCAAGAAAUGCCUCUGAAUAAAAAGAAAAAAGAGAAAGAACGCUGUACUGCCCUUCAGGACAAGCUUCUUGAAGAAGAAAAGAAACAGAUGGAGCAUGUACAGCGAGUUCUGCAGAGACUGAAACUGGAAAAGGACAACUGGCUCUUAGCAAAAUCUACUAAAAAUGAGACCAUCACAAAGUUUCUCCAGUUGUGUAUAUUUCCUCGAUGUAUUUUUUCAGCAAUUGAUUCUGUUUACUGUGCUCAUUUUGUUGAGUUGGUUCAUCAGCAGAAGACUCCAAAUUUCUCCACACUUCUCUGCUAUGACCGAGUUUUCUCUGACAUAAUUUACAUGGUUGCCAGCUUUACUGAAAAUGAAGCUAGUCGAUAUGGGAGAUUUCUUUGCUGCAUGUUAGAGACUGUGACUAGGUGGCAUAGCGACAGAUCCACCUAUGAGAAGGAAUGUGGAAACUAUCCAGGUUUUCUUACUAUCCUACGAGCAACUGGAUUUGAUGGUGGAAAUAAAGCUGAUCAGUUAGAUUAUGAGAAUUUUCGACAUGUUGUACAUAAAUGGCAUUAUAAACUAACCAAGGCAUCAGUACAUUGCCUUGAAACUGGUGAAUACACUCAUAUCAGGAAUAUCUUGAUUGUGCUAACAAAAAUACUGCCAUGGUACCCCAAAGUUUUAAAUCUGGGUCAAGCUUUGGAAAGAAGAGUGCAUAAAAUCUGCCAAGAAGAGAAAGAAAAGAAGCCAGAUCUGUAUGCACUAGCCAUGGUUUACUCUGGACAGCUGAAAAGUAGAAAGUCACACAUGAUUCCUGAAAAUGAAUUUCAUCACAAAGAUCCUCCUCCGAGAAAUGCUGCUGCAAGUAUACAAAAUGGGCCUUGUAGUGGGUUGCCGUUGUCCAUAGGAAGUACAUCUAAGUCAGAUGAGAGCAGUACCGAGGAGACUGACAAGUCCCGGGAAAGGACUCAGUGUGGUGUGAAAGCUCUUAAUAAAGUUUCUAGCACCACACCAAAAGGGAAUUCAAACAAUGGAAAUAGUGCCUCCAACACCAAAGCUGUGAAGGAAAACGACAAAGAGAAGGGGAAAGAGAAAGAAAAAGAGAAAAAAGAAAAGACCCCAGGUGUUACUCCAGAGACUAGGGUACUUGGUAAAGACAAUAAAGAAAAACCCAAGGAAGAGCUGCCAAAUAAAGAUGAAAAGAUAAGAGAGACCAAGGAAAGAAUGCCUAAAUCUGACAAAGAUAAGGAAAAAUUAAAGAAGGAGGAGAAAGCUAAAGAUGAGAAAUUCAGGAUCAUCGUCCCCAACAUAGAAUCAAAAUCCUCCCAAGAAAGAGAAAAAGAGAAAGAGCCAUCAAAAGAAAGAGACUUAGUAAAGGAAAUAAAAUCAAAAGAAAAUGUUAAAGGAGGAGAAAAAGCACCAGUUUCUGGGGCCUUGAAAUCACCUGUUUCCCGAACAGAUAAUUUAGAGCCUGAACGAGAAAAACGUCGCAAGGUUGAUUCCCACCCUUCUCCAUCACAUUCUUCCACAAUAAAGGACAGUCUGGUCAAACUCAAGGAGUCUUCAGCAAAGCUCUACAUCAACCAUGUCCCACCACCAUUGUGCAAGAGUAAGGAGAGAGAAAUGGACAAGAAAGAUUUGGACAAAGCAAGGGAAAGAUCCAGAGAAAGAGAGAAAAAAGACGAAAAGGACCGGAAAGAGCGGAAAAGGGAUUAUUCAAACAAUGACCGGGAAGUGCCCUUAGACUUAGUCAAAAGGCGGAAAGAUGAAAAUGGAAUAUUGGGGAUUUCAAAGCACAAAAGUGAAAGCCCCUGCGAGUCUCCUUAUCCAAAUGAGAAAGACAAGGAAAAAAAUAAGUCAAAAUCCUCAGGCAAAGAAAAAGGUGAUUCAUUUAAACCUGAAAAGAUGGAUAAAAUAUCCAGUGGGAAAAAGGAGUCUGGACAUGAUAAAGAAAAGAUAGAAAAGAAAGAGAAAUGGGACAGUUCUGGAGAUAAGGAAGAGAAGAAGCAUCAUAAGUCCUCAGAUAAGCACAGAUAAUGAAGACUUUGAGCCAAGAGUGUGGGCAGGCCCCCAAGCUGAAGGUUUCCCGGCCAAAGAUGCACAGAGCUCUGUGUCACUCUCAAAACUUAAUUAUGAGCUUCUGGUGCUGUCCAUCUUAACGAGAAUCUGCUUACGUCAGAAGAUGAAUAUGCAUCACCAUCCUCUUGAGACAUUGCAAAGUCACUGGUUUUCAGAACAUUAUUUUCACCUCCGGGCAGUUUCUUGCAGCAAGAUCCCUGUGCGUACAUUUUUUUCUUGAAAUAACACCACCCAGAAACAGCAUCUAUGAAAUUUUCACCAGCUGAGUCUUGGAUCACCCUUAGAAAGGUUAGUUCCUAGGCUGAAUGCCUUGGUGUAGGGAAGGCUGCAUUUGUGUGUAAAAUAUAAGUGAAAACAUUGUUACCUGAUAAUUUUAGCUUCUUGUAAAAAUUGUAAUUUGAGUUUGUGUGUAAACCAGAACAGCAGUGUUUUCCUUCAAUGUGUUCUUAAAUAUGUCAUCACAGUUUCCCUUACUAAGCCUGCGACAUCACUCAGUGGGUUAAGGUACUUGCCCCCAAGCCUAAAGACUGAUUUGGAUCCCUGGUGCCUCCAUGAUAGAGAGAGAGAACUCUGGUUCACACAGCCUGUUCUCUGACCUACACACACCCUAAAUAAAUAAAACUAAAAUGUUUUAAUUUCUCCUAAUGUGACAUCUUUGUCUUAAAGAACUUACUUCUUACAUUCCUACUCAGUCAUGGAUACUGUGAUCUUUACUGGAACAUUACUUUUUUAACUUAAAGUUGAGCUUUAUUCCCCCUUUUAGAGUACACAGUUUGGUGACCUUUAGCAAAUUCAUCACAUGUGAAAUCAUCAAGACUGUCUAGUCUCAGAAGAUUUCUCUCAUCUGCAGCAGAAGCCCCAGUGUAUCAGUGACCACUUUUAAGUUAUUCUUCCUCAGCCCCUGGGAACUGCUGACAUACUUUCUGCCCGUGGGUUUGCUGAUUUGGGGCAUAACAUAAAUGGAAUCCUGAGAUACUGUGGCUUUUGUGUAUGGGUUCUCUUAUAUGUAAGUUUGUUUAAUGUGUAUUAAUAAUCCAUUCCUUAUGGUUUUAUGUUUGUUUAUACAUUCACUGAUCAGCAAGAAUAGUAAUUUUUAUGUUUUAAGUAUUAAAAAUUGUAACUUAAACACUAGUGUAUCCACAGUUACAGUGGAUGACACGAAGAUUAUGCAUAGUAUGAAUGCUGUGUAGAAACAGUAUAUACAUUAAGCCAGAAAUCCCAGCACUGGGAGACAGAGGCAGAUGGAUCUCUAUGAGUUCCAGGACAACAGAAAUGUUAUGCAGAGAAACCCUGUCUCAGAAAAACCAAGAAAACGGAAAAGAAAUGGGGAAAAACCCUCUUUUCUUCAAUGGAAGACUUUUAGAGGGCCUGCUGUGCAUUUACUAGUAUAUAAGAAGUAGGCUAUGUUCCUAGAGAGCAGAAGCACAACCUCUGUCUGCGUGGCUUUUCCAGUGUGCUACUUCAUCUCACAUCAUUGAUAAGAGAAAUUUGUACAGCUCCUACUGUGUGCCAGACCCUGUUCAAAGAUAGAUGAUCUCCUUUUCCUCAUAGAAUGCCUCUAAGUUGGAUGUACACAAGUGAAAUCUUGUAGAGAGUAGAAGAAGAGAGCAAGAGUCACCACUGGAGAGUAGCUGCAGUGGAACAGACUCUUACCUGGAUUUGUCAAGAACCAGGGAGGAAACAGCCGCCCACAUUGUUGGCUUCAGAAAAACAUCUGGCUGUAUCAAAAAGAACCUAGUCAACUUUUAGUGACUUUUCACUGUACAACACCAACAUCAACCUGUUCUGUGUGGGCAGCUCUUCAAGUUCAUGUUCUAACAAGACCACGAGCCAGCUCUCAUAACCAUGUCAUGAUGUGCCUAAGACCUCCUUAGCUUUGCCAUUAUGUUCUUCACUGUUUCCUUGGCACACUCUCAGUUGGCAUAGCUCAUCUAUGGUACUCAAUUGGAUGACUUACAUGCCUUCCAAGAAUACAUACCGUGUAGCAGCAAACCCUACCCUCAGUGUGGUCCUCUGAGUGGUGGUUUCCUGCAGCCUGGUGAGAGCAUGGACAGAGGCAUGGAGCAUCCCACUGCAGCAUGGUGUCCCAGUCCCAGGUGUGGAUCGUAAAGCUGGAGAUUGUGGAGCUAGCCAAACUGAAGACACCUUCGGUGGUGACAGUGAGGUCGCAUGGAACAGAUGAAUUGCUGGUGCAGUGCACAAACAGUUGGAGUGCUGGGACUGGUGAUGCAGUGUCCCCAUCAGGUCAGCAUCUUCAGAUGACAGUGAGACUCAGCAGUCAGCCUUACCCCAGAAAUCCUUCACCUCCUUCCAGUCUACAGUGGACCUAGAAGUUGGAGGCAGAAAUGGGGAUGCCAGGAUCCACAUGGGAUAAUCCACUGUGUGGUUCUGAGUGGAUUUGCCAUAACAUGUACAUUAUUUAUGCCUGAUAAUCAUAUGAUGCUGGUCUUUAUAACUAAUUAUUAAUCUUCUGCACUUGAUUUUAUUUUCCAUAAACUUUACCCAUGGAUUAAAGAAGAUUUAAAAAAAAAAAAGAAAAAAAAAAAGACUUUUCCUCUCUUGACAGAUCUAGACUUUGAAAUAUUGAACCAAGAAAAAAAAAAACCAAAAAAAAAACUGGAAGGUAUGUUGAGAAGUACGCCCAAUUGCUGCCCUGCCUAAUUCUUUUCAGGUGACAAUGAAGUAGCUUUUUAAAGCUUGGAACUGUAAAGGACUCCCGAGUACACUUCAGCAUUGCCAUUUUUAGCCAGUGUGUGGAAGGAAAGGAGGGAUUUCUUUCCAUGCUAUUGCAGCUAUGUGGUUGUUCAUUUCAGGCGCCCUCUACUGGUAAACUUUAAACCAUACUGAUAAACCAUGGCGUGGCCGUGUCCCCAUUGUACUGGAGUUUGUAUGAAUAGUUAAAAUGUUAGUACUGCACUUUCUUUUUUUCUUUUUUCUUUUCUUUUUUUUAUUUUGCUUACUUUCUCAUAGCUAAUGUCCGUGGGACUAGCUGUAUUUCUUGGUUUUUGUAUUGUUUAGCUCUAUAAAAUGGCCCCAGAAAGUCUCCAAAUAGUGUCUUUAACUACAACAAAGGAGACUUAUAUGGUUCCUUAAAUUCACACUAAGUUUGACUUAUAACAGUUUGUUUAGUGUGAAUAUUUUCUUGUCUUUCUCAUGUCUCAAUUUAUUUGGAAGUCAAUAUUAAGAGCUACUUAGUAGAACCAGCUUAUUAAAUGUUACUUGAGUGUGCAGUAAAAUGUUCAGUUAAGCAAAUGUUUAAGAACGAUACUUUGUUUUGAAAUUCAUUGUGAAUCAUAAAGCAGAAGUCAUUUCAUAGUAUUUCAGAGACACGGUCUCAGAUAUUCUUGGUCCAGUAUGUCAGAAUAGAAUUUAUAAUACAAAUAAAGUUUGCUUUAAUUAAAAUACUUUUUUGCUGCAAGUCCCAUCUAUUAUCAGAAAGCAUCAGGAAGAGUUUGUAUUAGUAGUUUUUUCAUUAGAAGAGGGAGGCUUUCACUAACUGUGUAUAAAAAGUUAUUCUCAAUAAGAGGUUUUUAUUUUCCAAACAUACUAUGUAGUAUGAUCCUUUGUGGUCUGAAGGGAUAAGAAAGAUACAAUUCAGGGCUGGUGAUAUACUCUCAGCUGUAGAACCAGUACAGAAACCCUAUUUUUAGUGCUGUGUCUUAGAUUCUUGUGUUCACUUAAUUACUAGGCUAUGUCAGUCAUGUCUCCAGUAAAAAACGGGAGCUGACUAGUCAGUUAAUGAAUGAAACAUACUGAUUUUAGCAGGUUUUUCAUAUAUUUCAUCUCCAUUUCUUCUUAGGGUAUGCUGAACAAGUUCUUUCUUCCUAGGGGGUAAAGUUUGUGUUCCAGGCAUAUUGAGUUUAUAUAUUUAUCAUGUAUACCCUGUUGUUACAUCAAAACAAGUUUCAACUUGAAGUGCAGCUGUUAUGCAGUAUCCAUGUAUACUGGCCAUGCGCCACAUAUCCACUGCAGUCCUCAGAGAGUAUUUAUGAUACAUAUUAUUUACCUUGUUUUAUUAUACUUACAAGAUUGUACAGAAUUCUUUUUCUUUUACCCAUGAGUCCCAUUUGUUUUUUGGUUUGUUUGGGUUUUUUCUUCUUGAAUCAAAUAAUGAAGUUUAAUUCCUUUCCUCUACCUUACCCUCUGUUAGUGUAAUUAGGAAGUGAAUUGCUCAAAUCUCCACAAUUAAGUGUUUCCGAAGUGUGUGAUACUGUUCACUUGAAUAAAGACAAGAUACAUAAAAAGAAAA